AUGGGCUCCGUUCAGCCCUUAGACAACUCCAAUGUCGACGUCCUUAUCGUUGGUGCUGGUCCAGCUGGACUAAUGAUGGCCAACUGGAUGUCGCGAUGUGGUGUGAAGACACGGAUUGUCGACAAGCGGGGAACCAAGAUCUUCAACGGCCAGGCCGAUGGUCUACAAUGUCGGACCCUCGAGAUCUUCGACUCAUUUUCCUUCGGACAUCGCGCCUGGAUCGAAUCGAACCACAUGCUGGAAAUUUGUCUCUGGAACCCAGAUCCCGAAACCGGCGUAUUGGCUCGGGGUGACCGUAUUCCAGACACCAUUCCUGGUAUCAGUCGUUUCCAGCAGGUUGUGCUUCACCAGGGUAGGAUAGAACGAUUCUUCCUCGACGCAAUCAAGGAGAAUAGUGUUCGCACAGGCUGUAAUGGUCCAGCUGGUGAUCCGUCAGCAGAGAUCAAAGUCGAGCAUGGGGUGCUUCCGACAACUUUCAAGUUUGAUGAGUCUCUCGCGGAGGACGAUGAGGCGUACCCGAUCACGGUGGAGCUCAGACAUUUGACAGAAGAAGAGGCUACACCACCACAGAAGGCCACUAGUGCGAACGGACAGGGUAUUCAGGAUGGUAUUUUCCGUUCCAACCUUUCGGUCGAUGACACUAUGGACAUGAUCCGGCUAUCGAAUACUCUUGCCGAUAAAGCUGGUAGUAUUGAGACAGUGAAGGCAAAGUACAUGCUUGGGGCUGACGGUGCGCACUCCUGGGUUCGACAGCAGCUAGGGUUUAAGCUUGAAGGUGAUUCGACAGAUUAUAUCUGGGGUGUAUUGGAUGUGAUUCCUAUCACCGAUUUUCCCGACAUUCGAAUGCGGUGUGCAAUUCAUUCAGAAAGCAGUGGUAGUGUCAUGGUCAUUCCGCGAGAGAACAAGCUUGUCAGGCUGUACAUUCAACUUACGACAACCAACGUUGAGGGUGGUGGUAAGAAAUUCGACAGGAGCACGAUAACACCCGAGACAAUUAUAGCUUCUGCACAAAGAAUCAUGUGCCCCUACAAGAUCGAUUAUCACUACCUAGACUGGUGGACGGCUUACCAGAUCGGACAACGUGUUGGCAAUUCCUUCAGCUGGCAUGAAAGAGUAUUCCUGGCUGGCGACGCAGUCCACACGCACUCUCCGAAGGCAGGUCAGGGCAUGAAUGUGAGCAUGCAAGAUGCUUACAACUUGGGCUGGAAAGUGGCGAAUGUAGUCAAAGGACUAACGAAGAGAUCGAUGCUAAAGACUUAUCAGUCAGAACGACGAAAGAUCGCACAAGAUCUGAUCGACUUUGACCAUCGUUUCUCACGUCUGUUUUCAGGUCGACCUGCGAAGAGCGUGAUAGACGAAGCCGGCAUUGAUAUGAAGACUUUCAAGGAUGCCUUCGAGAAAGGUAAUAUGUUUGCAAGUGGAAUUGCUGUCGACUAUGGCGCCUCAAUGAUUGUUGCUAAGAGCGGAAGUGGCAAAGAUCAGGGUGACGGAACAGAGGUACUUGGCGAUGAGAAUUUGCGUGUCAUUAGCGACAGUGCCGAGAAGCUGGCCAACAAGCUCGAGGUUGGCAAGCGAAUGCCUAGCUUUAAGAUCCUGAAUCAAGCUGAUGCACGUCCGUGGCACUUCCAGGAGCUGCUGAAAUCGAAUGGUACAUGGAGAGUCGUGGUCUUCGCUGGCAACGUCAGGGACCCAUCACAGAAGAAAAGACUCGACACACUAGGUGAGAAACUCGAAGCAGCCGACAGUUUCUUGAAGUGGUGCACACCAGCAGGACAGAAAUACGAUAGUGUGAUUGAGCUGUUGAGUUGUCAUUCUGCCCCAAGACAAGAGACUACGAUAUUUGAUUUCCCAGAGGUGUUCAGACCAUGGGACGACAACGAUGGCUGGGAUUAUUGGAAAGUUCAUGUCGACGACCAGAGCUACCACGAAGGCCAUGGUCAGGCCUACCAGAACUACGGCAUCGACCCUCAACGAGGCUGCUCAAUCAUAUUAAGGCCCGAUCAGUACAUUUCGUGGAUUGGUGAGAUGGACGACUAUGAGAGCAUGGACCGUUUCUUCAAAGGAUUCAUGAUAGAUCAGCGGACGAGGCAAGGUGCAAAAGAAGUCGUUGCUAACGGCAAGAAGCCUGGUAACUCCAAGGACAUGUAUGCUGGUACGCUUGCUGGUACGAAUGGAUUGAGGACGACUAUCAAUGGCGACACUAAGGCUGGCGAUGCCGCUGUAGAAGGUACUGCUGGGAUGUGA